AAAAUUAAAACAAAAAGAGAGGAACAGCUUGGACACAGUCACAGAGAGAAGGGAAAAAAAAAAGUAUUGUCGGUGAUUUAUAUCCUCUUCAAUAAACCACCACGACCUCUCAAACCCUAGCCUGAAAAAAGUCGCCGUCUUCUCAAGAAACAUAUCUAUCCACUUCGCUUCAUUACAAGAUCUGAUGAAACUAGAUCGAAUCUUGCUCUAGAUCCAGAUGCUCCUUAACUUAUUUACUCGAAUUCAUCAUCAUCAUCAUCAUUAUCAUCGUCAUGUCGCUGUUUCUAAAAGACGAUUCGAUUCAAAUCCGCUGACGCUGUCGUCGUUGGGAAAACGAAAAUCUCGAAUCAGAAAUGGCUCUGAUUCGAGAAGUCGUCGACGAUUUCCCAUUCGUAGCGAUGGACACAGAGUUCCCCGGAAUCGUGUGUAGACCAGUGGGAACAUUCAAAACCAACACAGAGUACCACUAUGAAACCCUCAAAACAAACGUCAACAUACUCAAGAUGAUUCAGCUCGGACUCACUUUCUCUGAUGAGAAAGGAAACCUCCCAACGUGUGGAACAGACAACAAAUACUGCAUCUGGCAGUUCAAUUUCCGUGAAUUCGACCUCGAAUCCGACAUUUAUGCUACCGAUUCCAUCGAGCUUCUUCGUCAAUCAGGCAUCGAUUUCGCUAAAAACAACCAAUUCGGUAUCGAUUCGAAACGUUUCGCCGAGCUUUUGAUGUCAUCAGGGAUUGUUUUGAAUGAAAACGUUCAUUGGGUUACAUUCCACAGCGGAUAUGAUUUUGGUUACUUGUUGAAGCUAUUGACUUGUCAGAAUCUGCCGGAAACACAAACGGGGUUUUUCGAGAUGAUCAGUGUGUAUUUCCCGAGGGUUUACGAUAUCAAACACUUGAUGAAGUUCUGUAAUAGUCUUCAUGGAGGUCUGAACAAAUUGGCGGAGCUGCUUGAAGUUGAGAGAGUUGGGAUAUGUCACCAGGCGGGAUCGGAUAGCUUGUUAACGUCGUGUACAUUCAGGAAGCUGCAGGAGAAUUUCUUCAUUGGUUCAAUGGAGAAAUAUUCUGGUGUUUUGUAUGGAUUAGGUGUUGAGAAUGGUCAGAUUGUUCAUUGAUAAAAGAUCUCUUAAUAAAAAAAAGUCAAAAGUUUAAAGUUUUUAAA